AUGGACCUUCUCAUGGAGGAGAUAGUCCCAGCAUCACAUGUAGCAGAGCCCGAGGAACCAGGGGCAGCGGCCGGCCACUCUGAGGAGCCAGCUGCAGCAUCACACACUGCUGAGGAGCUGAUUCAGAUGCUCAGCAACCCCGUAGUCCCCCAGUCAGAGAAUAUCGAGAUACAAUUAGAGGAUGUUCAGGACCCUGUUCAGAAUACACAAUCAACUAGUUCAUCACUCUCUGAGUCAACCUCUCAACAAGACUUGAUCACAAAAGCACCAUCAACUCAACAACUACAGGAUCCUCUCACAUCAGAACCACCACAACAAUUAGUUCAACAGACAGUAAUUGCACAAACACCAAUGAUUCAACAGUCUCAUACUACAUCAACUAUUCUUCCAGCAGAGUUAGAACUUAGAAAAUUCUACAGAGGUAAGAAACCACCUAUAUGGAUGAAAGACUUUGUAUCUCUUAAUAUUCAUCAAGAUGAACCUUAUGAAUUAUCAAAGUUUCUUACUUACGACAACAUCACACCCAAAUACAAAGCCUACAUAGCAUCAGCAUCAAAUAUAAUUGAACCAACUACCUAUUCUGAAGCUGCAAAGGAUCCUAGGUGGAUUGAUGCAAUGAAAGCUGAAAUUGAAGCUUUGAAAAACAAUCACACCUGGUACAUAGUUCCCUUACCAGCAGGCAAAACUCCUAUAGGCUGCAAAUGGAUCUACAAAGUAAAGUGCAAAGCCACAUGUGAAGUAGAGAGGUUUAACGCCAGACUAGUAGCAAAAGGGUUCAGUCAAAAAGAAGGUAUAGACUACCAAGGAAUUUUUUUGCCAGUAGUGAAAGUGAAAACUAUCGGGAUAGUUCUAGCUUUAGCAGCAACUAAGAAUUGGCAUAUUCACCAAAUGGAUGUCUAUAAUGCUUUUCUACAAGGAGAUUUAUUUGAUGAGAUUUAUAUGAAACUACCUUAA